GAAUCCCAGCAUAUUAACUGUUGACAUUCGUGUAUGAAUGCUUAAAAGACUGUCUUAUAAAAACAACGUUUAGUGUAUCUAUCAGAGCAAAUUUAAAAGCAAACCGAGAAAUAAGCAGCAAAACAACCUAACGGACAAUUUUUCCGACGUCAGUAAAAAGCGCCAAGAGAAGUGAGUCAAUGCGUCAUCAAAGAGCGCCAAUGUCGCUCGCAAAUGAUAACAGCAUGGUUGUAACUGUUAUGGCAUGUUAGUUUUUUACUAGUUAUUUUAGCGGUUUUUAUUUGUAAUUUCGUGAUUAUCGAGAUUAAAGUGUUUAAUUAAUGCUAUAAAACCAGCUUUAGUCAUGUGUCAGGUUGACGAAGAGUACAACAGCACCCUAGAACACAAAUCUCUGCCGGCGGUGUCAAAGAAAUGCAUGAAGUGCAAAGAGGGCACUGCAGUGCUCAUCAUUCGAGUGGGAGAUGCCUUCUGUAGGAGCUGCUUCAAGGAGUACUUCAUACAUAAAUUCCGGGCCAUGCUGGGGAAGAAUCGUGUCAUCUUUCCCGGAGAGAAGGUGCUGCUGGCUGUUUCUGGAGGGCCAGCAUCCAGCUGUAUGCUAGCACAAGUCCAAGAGGGUUUGAGUCGGGAUGCACCCAAGAAGUUAAGAUUUAUGCCUGGCAUUAUCUACAUAGAUGAGGGUGGUGUGUGUGGUCAGAAUGCUGAGGAGAGGGAGAAGGCUGUAGUUCAGUUGGAGAGCAUCUUCAGAAUGACUGGAUUCCCGUACCACAUCGUCCCGCUGGAACAGGUCUUUACUCUGCCAGAGUCAGUGCUCGAGCCUGUGUAUAGUCAUGAGCAGCCUGGCUCCAGCUAUAAAGCAGCGGUGGAUCAGCACAUUCGGACUGAAGUGACCCGGGGCCAUGGAGAGCCUGCAGUGGAGGAAACCCAGGAUGCAGUAGGUCAACUUAGCCUGCAGGCCUGCACAUACAAGCCUGAACACAGACUGGCUUUAGAGGGACUCUUCUCCUCUUUGAAAACCUUAACAGCCAAACAGGACAUGCUGCAAAUCCUGAGGCAUCACCUGAUACUGCACACUGCCCGGAUAUACGGCUACUCCAAGGUGAUGAUAGGAGACAGCUGUACACGUCUGGCCAUCAAGUUGCUCACUAACAUCUCUCUGGGACGAGGUGCGGCUCUGGCAGCCGAUACGGCUUUCUCAGACUCUCGGUACGGUGACGUGGUGAUGGUGCGCCCCAUGAGGGAUUACUCCUCAAAAGAGAUCGGCUUCUAUAACAGGCUGUUUGAAGUGCAGUCUGUCUUCAUCCCAGGUCUGGACACCAAGACUGCUGAUAAAGCGAGUAUCCAGCGACUGACUGAGAGCUUUGUGGUCAAACUCCAGGCUGACUUUCCUUCCACCGUCAGCACUGUGUACAGAACAAGUGAGAAGCUCCACACAGCGUGUCCUCCUCGGAGCUCCACCACAGAAGCUGCUGCUAAGUGCCUUCUCUGCCUCUGUGCCCUCGACACCAAAGCAGACGAUGCCUCUGCGUUCCAUGCCACACUGGUGUCAGAGCAGCUGUCCCGAGGUGCACUGCAGGAGAAACGCCAGAGUGAUGCGGGCUGUUGUCAGGGACAGAAACAAGCUUGUGGGGAUGGAGGUUGCUGCUCCACAUCCAGGGUUCCUAUAGCUACAGACCUCAAGAGUCUCCUGUGUUACAGCUGCAGACUGACCAUUAAAGACAUGACAGCGGUGGACUCCCUGCCACCGUAUAUAACGUCUGAAGCAGAGAAACGCCAGAGGAGGGCUGCGAUGAAGGAGGAAAUCAGCGAGUUCCUAUUAGAAGAUGAAGGUGCAGAUGACGCAUAGCUGGCCAUUUAUUUAUUGGCUCAGCCAAGCGACGGUCAUGUUUCAGCGACACACACCAUCAGGAAACAUUUGGCAUUUUUACUGCACAGAUGGCUUUAUACAAGACCAGUUUAUUUGACUACAGAUCGACUUCCAUUUUAUCAGU